AUGUCCAAUUGCAACGGCGCCAAUGGCGACCCGACCGAUCUUAUCGCGCAGGCUUUGUGUCAGGAGCUAUUUGACAAGUGCCCUCGGCUUGACUUAGAGGAAUUUGCAGUCCAGGCUGCGCAUAACGCGAAACUAGACUGGGACAGGCUUGUGAAAGAGUGGGCGAGAGAGCGAGUAGACAAUACCCCAUGCCCACCACUCGAGGAUUUCAUUGGGCUCUAUGUCAAUACGGCUUUCGAUAUUAGUAUUCGGGUGGCGAAGACCUUAGAUCAAAGUGCUAAGCCUGGAACCGAUACCGAGCCGCUUUCGUUCAACAUCAAUUCUCUUCCUCGUCAGACAGCAAAGCUACGGCACUGCCGCUAUGACACGUGGACAUUCAUACCAAGCUCAAGGAAUGACGCAGCUAGGAAGGGGAUGAUGAACUUGCUGAAACUGCCAAGACUGUUACUGUCUUUUGUUCGUAACAGCGAGGGUAAGAUAUCACACCUUGAGUGGGACCUGCAGGGUGGUUCGUGUGAAGGGCCUGCACCAGAUUUAGCAGAUAGAGUUGGCCCUGUGAAGUUCCACAAACUGGAGAGUGAACAUACCAACGCCCUCACACCCGAGAUGGAUCCCGUCACCGUAUUUUAA